AUGACCGACUACAGCGCUCUCCGGGCGCAGACUAUUGGGUCCACACAGGAAGAGGAAGCUGUCACUGUUAAUACUAGAGCUUUGAUCGAUAAAGUUUUAGCUAGAUAUUCAAGCGAAAAUACAACUCUUCGAGAGCUACUCCAGAAUGCCGCUGAUGCAAAUGCCACCUCCGUAGAAGUCCGUUAUGAUAGUGUCAAUAGCUCAUUGCAACCAAGCCAUCAAGAACUUGACAUCCAAGAUCUCACUAAACAGAAAAUGCGGCGGAUGCUGGUAAAGAACAACGGUCACUCAUUUAGGGAAGAAGAUUGGCAACGUUUGAAAAGAAUAGCAGAAGGAAAUCCAGAUGAAACAAAGAUCGGAGCUUUCGGGGUGGGAUUUUAUAGUGUAUUUGCCGACUGCGAGGAACCUUUCGUAUCUUCUGGAAACGAAACCAUGAUAUUUUACUGGAAAGAGAAUACCCUCGUUACCCGCCGACACAAGUUGAAAGAAAGUGAUCCAUAUACUACCUUCCUACUGGAGUACAGAGAGCCUACAGAGUUACCUGACUUGAAAGAGCUUUGUAAAUUUUUCGCAACAUCUCUUACAUUUGUCAAACUCAACGAAAUAUCAUUAUACGUCAAUGAUCGGUGCCUGUUGCAAUUAAAGAAGAAAACAUCACCGUCGGAACCUUUGGCGAUUCCCAGUUCCAUAAAUCCAGUUACGACUGAACGGCUUAUGAAGAUCGCAGCGGUAGAAACCGAGCGGCUGCAGAUUGAUGCAAAGUAUAUGAAUAUCACUCACCAUCGGGCACCUAUGGUUGAUAUCGCAAACGGUCUGCGUUCCAUCUUUUCUCGAUUUAGCGCAGCAGCUCAACCACCUAGCACAUCUAAGGAAACGAGCUCCUCAAAUUUAACAGAAUAUACACAAGCAACUAUAUUCUUGCGAAUAGCGACCGCGACUGUGACAACCUCAGUCAGUACAGCGUUCGCUCGAGAACUCGAGAGGGCCACUAAAAAGCCUCCCCCCAAAACCACGAAAAUUGCCAUGCUUUCCAUGUCAAAAGACGAGCUGGAUGCUUCUGAGCAUAAAGCGGAAAUCUUUUCAAACGUCCUCCCAAGUAAAAGUGGAAAAAUAUUCAUUGGGUUUCCCACACACCAGACCACAAGUAUCAGCGCUCAUAUAUCGGCACCUUCGGUAAUUCCUACAGUCGAGCGGGAAAAUAUCGAUUUAAAUGCAAGAGUAGUCAAAGAAUGGAAUAUUGAGAUGCUGCGGAUAUCCGGUAUCCUUUCGAGAAUUAUUUUUACCGAUGAGAUGUUGAUGCUUGGCCAGAGGGCAGCCGGUCUAAAGCCGGAGAAUCUGGUGAAUCUCUACGAUCAUGCGAUACACAUCAUGCGGCAGUUCACAUUUGCCCAAUCAACACCGUCUUCAGCUGUGGGGAGGUAUAUUGAGUCGGAAUUUUGGAAUUGCUCGAAGAAAGAUUCCAUUGAGCUUUUAUCAACGAAAGGGGUUUUGUCAAGCGAUAGAGUUCGAGUGGCGAGUGACGUUAACUUUUUGGAAGGAAUGCCUUUGUUGCCAGAGAAGCUUGAAAAGGAAGCGUCAGUUCUUGUGGCACAACUGAAGGAAAUGGGGAUGUUGACGGAGAUUACCAUCAGCGAUAUCCGCCGGGAGCUCGGUGAUAAGGCACUAAGUGGUGAGCAGUUGGGGUUCUUUCUAAAGUGGUUAGCAGGAAAGCGUCUCAAGGAUGAGCUAGAUGUUGUGGGAGUCAAAAGCUUGUUAGAAGUAGCUGUUGCGACCACAGCGGUUGCAGACUCCGAAGGCGAAAGUUUCGGGAUCCCUAUAUCCCUCGGCGCCAUCAAAUUCUACAUCAAUGCCCAAAAACUCUCUGCCGAUAUCCCCGUGCCACCAGACUGUCUCCCAUUCAAUGUUACAAAAAACUUGACGAAGCCACAGUUAGACGCUCUUGGAUGGGAAGAAUUGGGAGUUACAUAUUGGCUGCAGUAUAUCUGCGUUAAAACCUCAGCACUACCUGUUGAACAAAAUAUACAACUUUCCGCAAAGUUUGCUCAAACUGUUCUAGCAAUCAUUUCGAAAGGGUGGGAGCAAUUACCUCCCAAUAGUAAAGAAAAUAUCGUCAUCCUCCUCAAAGACAAAACUUGCAUUCCAACCCGACAGGGUAUGAAAGUUCCUCGAGAAGCCUAUUUCAAUACCGUCAAGUUAUUUUCAGAUCUACCACUGGUGGAGAGUAUGCACGGCGUUAGGGACAAACUUCUUGUGGCAUUGGGGGUUCGAAAAACGGUGGAUCUUAAGCUCGUAUUUGAGAGGUUGAUGAAUGGGUCGCAAGCUGGUGUUGUCAAAUGGAGCCACGUCGAUCUCAUAAGGUACCUUACCAGUGUGAGAGAAGACAUACCUAGGGAGGAUAUCACAAAGCUCAAAAAUACAGCUAUUUGUAAGGCUGAAGGUGUUGGCUCGACGGGUCUAUACAAAGUUUCAGAACUCUACGAGCCCAACGAUGGCUUAAGGAAGUUACAGUUGCCGAUUUUACAAUGGCCUGGAAUCUGGAGAGAAGGAAGCCAUGAAGCGAAGUUCUUGUCAAGCUUGGGUUUGAAGCGGUAUCCAGGUGUACAGGAAGUUCUACAGAUUGCGGGAAACAAGGAAGACGCAGCGUUGAGGGAGGCAGCCUUGUCUUAUUUUAUUAUCAACUACCACCUGAAUUCAUAUCAUACUUUCAACACCGCCGGAGUCACCAUUCCGUUUUUACCACUCAAUGAUAGUAAAGGAGAGAAAGGGCCCCGUCUUGUUACUCCAUGGCAGUGCUUCUCGAAUCCCAAGGCUGCAAUCAUGGGAUUUGAUGUCUUGAGGCAAGACCUUCAACAGCACGGAUCUAAAUUCGGUGUGAAACCGGAUCCCGAUAUGAAAGAUUGUGUGGAUGCUCUCAUCAACUCUCCGCCAUCCACAACUCGUGCUGCACGAGAAAAGUUUGGAUACUUUUCGACUAGAUUGGCCGAUAUCAUGCCGCAUCUAGUAGAAAGAUUAAGCCAAGCAAGAAUCAUUCCUGUACCCUUGAAAGAUCGCGAGAGGAUACCAUCUUCGGAUCUAAAGAUCAAAUUUAUCACCCCAAGGACAUGCUUUCUGGGUGGAGUAGGAAGUCAGUAUUUUGAAAUAUUUGAUUUCGUGGAUUUUGGACAAGAGGCCAACUCAUUUCUGUUGAAAUGUGGGAGUAAACACGAACCUACCGUUGCGGAAGUAGCCUAUAUGAUGGUUCGCGAACCACAAAGAUUAUACGGAGUAUUCAAUAGCUCUGAUAAGUAUCUCAGUGUACUGAGAAGCAUCGCAGAGAGUUGGACGCACCUGAAAAAAGAUAAAAUACUCGUCAGGGAGAUGAGGAGGAGCCCCUUUUUGGGGUCUUUUAGAUGGCGUUCAUACACGAACGAGAAAUCUGACCAGAUCGAUUCAGCGUCUAUAGACGAGGAUGAUUCUGGUGGUAUCAGGGAAUUUGUGCUUGCAAGGGUAGACGAAGUCUUGAUUUCCGAUGAUUACGUCUUGUUUCUUCUGUUCAGGGGGGAGAUCUUGGCCGCUCCUCAGGAAGAUGCUUUAGAAGGGUUUUAUCAGUCGCUGGGGGUGCAACGACUUUCGAGCAAAGUCUCAACUGACUGGAACAUUGGUCACGUGAAGCCCAUGCCUGAAAAGACAGAAAAAUUGAGAAAGCUGGUUCUUGAAAGAUCGAGGUUGUUUUUGCACAAUAAUACCGAAGAGGUGUUGCAUGAUGCGCGAUGGCUCGAAAACAAUUUGAGAGUGGAAAUAGUGGAAUCCAUUAGAUUGAGAAGAACCUUGAGAAAUGAAGGGUCCAAGAAUUUGACCCACCAGAAUACUAAAACUGCUACAGUCACAAUGGAUACAAGGACAAAAUGGUGGGUACUGUAUUUGACGCCAAAGUUCGAGUAUUACGAUGUCUCACAGGCACUUGUGACUUUGAUCCUCAGAAAGCCAAGGCCACAUUCAAGCUUGCUACUGGAUAGUUUGCUCCACAAUGACUUGAUGACCCUAAAAUCAAGAGGUUAUAAUGUUGACCGUAUCUUGCGGGCAAAAGCCGCCGAGGCAAGAAUGGCAGAAGAGCAGCGGUUGAAGCAAGCCGAGAUUGAAAGGAAAGCGAUUGAGGAACAAGAGAAGCGGUAUCAACAAUCACAAAUGCAGCUACAACAGGGAGAAAUUGCAAGGCAAAUAGAGCAGAAGAAGGCCGAGGAAGAGAAAUUGAAUAUGCCUGGAGCAUUUGGUGAAUCUCCACAGAGUAAAGCUCUUAAUCCUCCGGCACACCAUCAUCAUCAUGUUCCAGAGAAGCCCAAGAAUAAUUUCUUUGGAAGGCUUAGCAAGCACCUGGGAUUCGAGGCGAAUAAUGGGCAAAUGGAACAAAUGCAAAACUUAUUAAAUAAUAAUAGCCCACAGCAAACAGCGAAGUCUCCGGGACAACUUGAGCCAGCUCCAAUUCUGGGCGAGAGCAAGCCCGAUAUUGGAAAAGCUACGGAGCCGCACAGGAUCCAGGCCAACCUCCAGAGAGCUAUCGGGGCUAGCAGGGGACAUAACUCUGAUAGUGUUUUCAGUCCUCCACAAACAUUCGAGGUCAAAGAAGCUCCGAGUUAUUGUGAUAACCAUUCGGGUCAAGAUAUCCUCUAUUUUGCAGAGACACCAAAUGGGAUCAAAGUUUUCGUUGACCGUAAAAUUGCGGACAAAGCCGCCUUUGCUCAAAAAUACGUCAAGGAGAUGAAUGAGUUCUCAAACGUGUUAAAGGAUCUUUCUGGAAUUUUCGGGCUAUCCAUUACUACACUACAUAUCUUUUAUGACGAAGUUGGAAACACCAUUGCCUUCAACACUAACGGCUCACUGUUUUGCAACCUAAGAUUCUAUCUACAACUUCAUGCUAAAGAUGUUACAAUGGGGGAUUCAUCUCAAGCACUUAUCUACUGGUUCGUUGUGCUUUGUCACGAGUUGGCGCAUAACCUUGUCCAAGUUCACGAUGAGAAACAUUCUUUUUACACUGAGACAUUUGUCCAAGAGUACUUUGUAAAAAUCAUGACCAAGCUGAAGAGCAUUCCUGGUGCCAAACCAUGGGACAUCAACAUUUGA